AUGCGGCCCUACACCAUUAAAGGCAUAGUAACUUUUAUUUCAGCUAACAUAUUAUAUGCUCGAACUAAACAACAUAUUUCAUCAGAAAUGAGUCCACAAAUGUGUUUUAAUGAUCAUGUUGGUCUUAUGGAAUAUGACCCAGAAAUGUAUAAUCUCAUCAAAUGUGAGGAACACAGAAUUAAAUCAAGUAUCGACUUAAUUGCAUCGGAGAAUUUUGUGAGCACUGCAGUUAUGGAAUGUCUCGGCUCCUGUCUGACAUUCAAAUAUUCCGAAGGUACUGUUGGCAAGAGGUUUUAUGGAGGAUGCGAUGUGGUAGAUAAAGUUGAGCAGUUAUGCAAAGAUAGGGCUCUCAAGGCAUUUGGAUUAGAUCCUAAAGUUUGGGAUGUGAAUGUUCAGGCCCUAUCUGGAUCCCCAGCUAAUAUUAGUGUAUUGAUUGGACUAUUAAAUCUUCAUGAUAAAAUAAUGGGUUUAAACUUAACCUCGGGAGGACAUUUGACACAUGGUUAUUAUAUGGGCCAUAAGACUAUCAAUGCCACCUCCAAACUGUUCAAUUCUCUGUCAUACGAAUUAGACCCACAAACUGGUUUGAUAGACUACCAACAAUUAGACAAAUUGGCUAAGAUGUUUUGCCCCAAACUCAUUAUAGCAGGUGCCUCCUCAUAUUCGAGAUUUAUUAACUACAGUAAAUUCAGGGAAAUUUGCGAUUCAGUAGGUGCUUAUCUAAUGGCCGAUAUUUCCCAUAUCUCAGGGCUUGUAGCUGCUGGACUCCAUCCUUCCCCCUUUGAUCAUUGUGACGUUGUUACCUCCACAACACACAAGACUUUGAAAGGCCCAAGAGCCGGAUUAAUCUUUUUCAAUACACAGAAAAAUGCUGAUAUUAAGGCCAAAAUCGAUGGAGGUGUCUUUCCCAUGAUGCAAGGAGGGCCACACAACAAUACAAUUGCAGGCAUUGCCACUCAGCUUAAGCAGGUCAUGUCCCCAGAGUGGAAGGAAUACGCUGCCACAAUCAUAAGGUGCGCAAAAAGGCUAGCCUCAGAGCUUACAAACAUGGGAUUUGACAUACUAACCGGGGGCACGGACAAUCAUACAGUGAUACUUAGUCUCAGGAAAUAUGGCUUAACCGGAUCUAAGGGUCAAACAAUUUGUGAUUCGGUCAAUAUAACACUGAGUAAAACAACAAUCCCUGGGGACACUAGUCCGCAUAACCCCUCGGGGGUGAGGUUGGGUACUGCAGCCUUGGUUAGCCGCGGCUGUAAGGAGGAAGAUAUGGUGACAGUGGCUGCAUUUUUGAAGGAAUCAUUUGAUUUGGCCAGAGAUCUGCAGGAUAAAUAUGGAAAGAUGUUGAAGGACUUCAUCAAGGGGGUUGAGGAGAGCGAUAAGGUUAAGGAUCUAAGGGCCAGGGUGGAGGAAUGGGCAUUGAAAUUCCCAACACCUGGGAUUUGA